AUGAGUUCGGUCUCUGCCGGCAACGGAUUGCUCUACGAGCCUUUAAAGAAUUCUGGUUCGAUUGGUUAUCUUGAAUAUGUCGAUGUGACACCACUCAUCGGUCGUGAAUAUCCCAAAGCCAAGCUCAAGGAUAUCUUGCUCGCCCCGAACUUCGAACAGCAGCUUCGUGAUCUUGCAAUCACCAUUUGCGAGCGCGGAGUCGUCUUCUUUCGAGCACGCCAGGACGACUUGACAAUCCAGGAACAGAAACGCAUCACUGACCUUCUCGGGAAACUGACGAGGAGACCAACGGAAAACGGAUUGCAUGUUUUCCCGAUCUUCAGGGAUCCGAACUAUCUCCCUAUGGCCGAUGGAGUGAAAGACGCCGAGAUUUACAUGAUCAACACUGAAGCAGCAAAGAAGAUGUACAAGCACAUCCCAAACCCCAAUCUCCAUAAGUCUCCAGAGCCCAGAGAUCUCGGGAGAGAAUGGCACAGUGACUUGCUUUGGGAGAGAAACCCUGCAGACUUUAGCUUCCUGCGUAUGGAAUCGACUGCUCCGACGGGCGGCGACACCCUUUGGGUGAACAUGUACGAAAUAUAUGACCGCAUUUCACCAAGCUUCAGGGGUUACCUGGAAACCUUGACCCAGACAUGCGGUCAACCAGUCUUGUCAAGAGCCAGCGAGGAAGGUGGCUAUGAGAUCAUGGAGCCCCGUGGAUCUCCUCUCAACGUCGGCAAUACGUUUGUUCAUACCCAUCCUUUGGUGCGAACGCACCCAGUCACGGGUUGGAAGGCUCUGUUUGCCGGAACCGGCAUCCAUUGCAUGAAAAUCAACGAUGUAUACGCCCACGAGGACGCACUCAUCCGUGACUAUAUCACGAGACUGAUCACGACCAACCACGACUGCAUUGCAAGGAUGCACUGGACCGAACAGGCUGUUGCAAUUUGGAGCAAUGAAUGUACUAUGCAUGCCGCUACGCCUGACAACCACUUGGUCCCUGGAAAUCGAACAGCCAGCCGUUCCACUGGAAUCGGCUUGAUGCCUUACCUUGACCCGAAUUCACGGACUAGACACUUGCAGGGAUCCGCUGCACCUUUAGUCCAGCAGAAUGUCAAUCGAACUUCGAGCCAACCCGAGGCCAUCGGUGCGCAGGAAAGAGGCUUCAAUGAAGAUCCGCAACUAGCCGUGGAGACCCUGCUGCAGAGGACUGACGAUCUUUAUCCCUGUGCUUCGGAGGAAGUCGAGGAGGCCCAAGGUAUUCGAACUUGUUUGGCUCCAGACUCUGCAUUGGCGCUUGAAGCCGACUGCCCACGAUCAGGAUUGCCGGAAGGUCAGUCCGAUGGUCUUGGGGGUGAGCAUCUCAACUUGGAUUUUCUGGAAGAUUGGGUGUUUCCAGAUCCCUCGCCUCCUUCAUCGCUCUGCCCGGAAGCAGCCACAGCGACCUUGGAGGAUGACUUGCCAAACAGCCACCUGGCCCAAUACCGACUUCAGGACCAGCGCAGCACCGCCCCGGCCUCGGACGAGCUGUUGGUUGUUGUCUCCGAAGCUGAGCUUGGUGCCGCUGAAGCCAACCUCGCGCUCUUGAGCGCAGGCCAUGGACUGAACGACGUUUCUUUGCCGUCGCGCUACGCUGUCACGAGAUACAUUCGGGCCUACAGCCGCUUUUGCGACCCGCACGCCCCAAUCGUGCCCCUGCAGACUUUCAAUAUCUCAACCGCUCAUCCGAUCCUCAUUUUGGCGGUUCUCUCGCUGGGCGCCACAUACUUGGACGAGGCGGACGUCAGUUCCGGCCUAUUUUCUCUCGCCCAAAGACUUCUGGCCAGAUAUGACGAGAACUUGGACAUAGGAGAAGAGGACUGUCGACGGCAUAGCGCAUGGGAGCUGCCUGCCCGACUUCUCCUCUGCCUGUACGCAGCACUUGGUGGCAAUGCUUCCAUCAGGCGGCGUGCGAAUCAAUGGUUUGCCACCAUCACAGACAUUGUCCCGGACGUGGUGCGAGAUAUCAGCAAGACGCCUGAAGAGUCGUGGACGCGGUGGCUGGAACAGCAGGCCACAAUCCGCUGUGUCGCAUGGUCCAUCGUCACGGCGGCCAUGCUGCAAUCUCUCGAGGGAGGAGCGGUGUUCGACAUUCGCAUCAGCACCCUCGACGUCCCGCUCCCCGGGCCGACAGAAGAGUGGAUGGCAUCGCAAGCUGCGUGGUUGGCUAGAAAACCCCCUACGCGCCCACAAACGACGCUGUGUCAAGCGGUCCACGAUCUUCUGCACGGGAGACCGGUGUCGGAGCAUGUUGGCUCGUUUGGGCUGUUGACGGUAAUAGCUGCCUUGCAGCGUCGCGCCUGUUCGAUAGACCUUCUACCGACCGGCCCUCGACCCAGCAGCAUCUGUGACACCGUGACUUUGCUCGACAACGCUCUCAGACUCUGGGAGGAUAGCUGGCGCAUACACCAGCAAGACUCUCCAAGCAGAGCAGGGUUAGAUCCAAUCAUGGUCGACGGACUAGCCAUUCUCAACUCUGCUUAUUACAACUUAGUCUGUGGGAACCAGAUACGAUGGAUGAGACGGACGGUGCGGUCCCCACGUGCAAGUGUUUCACCCGUGGAAUUCGCGACAAGCACGUUCGCUUUCGACCCGGCACUGCUCGAGCGAGAACUCGUUCGGGCGGUGCGGUCUCUGGGUCUCCGAGCCCGUCACGGGAUCAAGCACAUCAACCGAAUCGGCCAGCUGAGGUACGCGGCGUACCAGCAACUGUCCGGCGCAGAGGGGUGUUUCCUGUUUGCGUGGUAUUCGCUUGGACGGAAGAGGGCUCAACCGGUCCUGAUGCGGGAGUGCAACUUUCCCCUAUUCCAACAAACAGUCAAGGAAACGGCCCACGAGCUCCGCGGGAGUGGCAUUCACGGUUGCGACGACGUCAGCACCAUCAUGCGCGGCUACGAAGAACUAUUGGGCGGAACCACCAUAUGGCCUGUAUCGCGUACCCUGUUCGAGCAGUUUCAGACUGCUCGUAGGCUUUUGGAGGAAUCCAACGCAGAUUGA